AUGAAAACCUCCCGUUGCCGCCUCCUCGAACUUCCAGCAGAGAUCCGAGAAUCGAUCUUCGAGUUCGCUUUGCUGUCCGAGAAGGCCCUGGUAUCAUUCUGCCUCGACGAAUACCAACACAGCGAUUACCAGGAAGCCACACAACCCCCUCUAACGCGGGUCAAUCGGCAGGUCCGACGGGAAAGCCUACCAGUUUUCUACCGCUGCAACGACAUCAUUCUGCACACCGACGGCGUCAAAGGAGAUGCCACACGCAGCUGGCUGCGAUGCAUCGAACAUCACAUACCGAAGCUGCACUACUUGUCGAUCUGGGUGCGGUACUGUGCAUUAUGGGGCUCCUCGACCAUGUAUAGCGGCGCCAUCUGCCUAUCAUUGCGCAAGGUGAAGCCGGAUGACAAGUGGGAAGUCGACGAUCAUUGCGAAUGGGUGACUGUCACGCGAGUGCCAAAGGACAUAGCGAGGGAUGGCGAGUCCUUGGUAGAGAGUUUGAGGGCAAUGCUCGAGGAAGACGGAGGUCAUCUUCAAGAGGCGGAGGUCUUCGCCGAGAAGUUGAAGACGCUGAGGGAGAUGUAUGUGCAAAGCAAGCAGGCUCCAAGGGGUCGGUGA